AUGUGUGCUGUGUGGUUAUUGGUGGCUGUGGUGAUGGCGGGCGUGGCCAGAGGAGCUGUCGGCCAGUGCUGGGAGCAUCGGAGCUGUCAGGAGCUCAACUCUGAGAGCAGCAUGAUGGAGUGUAUCCAGCUCUGCCGCUCUGACCUCAGCGAUGACACCCCCACCGCCCCGGUUGACGCCUACCUCCAACCUCCUCCUCCCUCACACCCAAAUUCUCUGCCUGCCCUCUCUCUCUUACCUUUCUCCUCGUCCUUCACCUCCCCUCAGGCCAAGCGCUCCUACUCCAUGGAGCAUUUCCGAUGGGGGAAGCCUGUAGUGCAAAAGCGUCGCCCAAUCAAGGUCUACACCUCCAAUGGCAUGGAGGAGGAGUCAGCCAAGGCUUUUCCUGGAGAGAUGAGGAGGCGAGAGCUUGCCAAUGAGAUGAUAGCAUCCGAGGAGGAGGAGAAGGCACAGGAGGUGGCAGAGGAGGAGCAGGAGCAUCUUCCAGACGGCGUCCACCAGAAGAAAGACGGCACGUACAAGAUGAAGCACUUUCGCUGGAGCGAUCCGCCGGCCAGCAAACGCUACGGAGGCUUCAUGAAGAGCUGGGACGAGCACAGUCAGAGGCCGCUGGUCACGCUCUUCAAAAAUGUGAUCAACAAAGAUGGAGAGCAGCAGAAGAGAGGGCAGUGA